AUGACCGACGAUCAAGAAUCGUUCUCCCAGGGUGAGGAUCCAGAGAACUCAAGAGUGGUACAGAGACGGAGACGGCCCCCGCUCUCUUGUACAGAAUGUCGACGCCGCAAAUUGAAGUGUGAUCGCUCGCUACCCUGUGGGCAAUGCGUACGCUCAAAAACUGCCGACUCCUGCGUCUUUGUUGGUCCUCAGCCAGGGCCGACCUCAGAGACAUCCUUGAAUCGGAUGUCGCCACCAGUAUCGCGUCGAAUUCCCAGUGGAUCUGAAGACCCCGCUACAGGCACAGGCAGCAUGUUUGUCUUUGAUUCAAAAAUCGGUCCCCGAUCCGAUUCAAAUCGGGUUUCCAAGCGCAGUCGCCCGGAUGAGCUGCAUGAGCUUCGAAAUCGACUUCGUGUGUUGGAAAAUGCGCUGAAUAAACCUCAUGUCCUCCAAACUCCCGAAACUUCAAUUGGUGAUGUCUUCUCAGAUGCAGGAAUAUCUACCAUGGAUUCUGCAGGAGUGGAUGAUCGUGUUCGCUUUCUUCCCGACUCCAGCUUCCGCGGGAAGAAAGGGAAGACGAGGUAUUUCGGUCGCAGUCACUACACCACCACCGUAUCCUUUUUCCAAGAUAUUGGGUCCUACCUCCGACGAGGAGGUCGAGAUGUUACGAAGGACAAAGAAUACUCCGACAUGAAACGUUUCAAGUGCGAGCUUUGGUCUCGUGAGAGCACCAACCAUCAACGUGCGUUUCGAGAAGAAGCCUUCAGACUCGAAGAAAUGGUCCCAUCGCGCAGUUUGUCAGAUAAGUUGGUUCAAUACUAUCUCGACACCUUCGAAACUACCUAUCGAGUCUUGCACAUCCCAACAUUUCUCGAGCAAUACACAGCGUACUGGAACCGUCAACAAGAGCCAGAUAUGUCAUUUUUGGCCCAAUUGUUGGCUAUUAUGGCGGCCGGGAGCUGCUUCUAUCUUCCAUCACUGGAUACUGAUGGAGACCGGAGCGAGUUGUGUCAAAAUCCCGCUAUGAAGUGGAUCAUGGCGGUUCAGUCAUACAUUUCGUGCACCUUUGUCAGUCCGGAUAUUAACUUCAAGAUGGUCCAGACGCAGGUUCUUCUUUUGAUCGCUCGUCUCGGAAUCGCCAACGAUGGGGAUGUGGCGUGGGCAUCUUCAGGUUCGCUAAUUCGAUCUGCCAUGACUAUGGGAUUGCACCGGGAUCCGACACGAUUCCGGAAGAAGGCCCGGCCUUUUUGGUGCGAGCAACGCCGCCGGCUUUGGACAACGAUUGUGGAAUUGGAUCUCAAAAUCUCGUUGGAUCGCGGAGUUCCCCCCUCUGUGGAUUUGGACGAAUGCGAUUGUGAUGCGCCCGGCAACUGGGAUGAUACUGAUUUAUCCGAAAAGAUGGAGACCGACCCGACACCUUCUAGUAUGGCAACGUACACUCAGGGAUUCUAUCAAAGCCUGCUCUCUAGGACGUUGCCACUACGUUACCGUAUUGCAAAGAAGAUCAACACCCUUAGAUUCGACCUAUCCUAUGACGAGGCGUUGCGAAUGGGCGAGGAACUCGUCCGAGCCAUCCAACAAACGUCGACCUUGUUCGAGGACAAUGCUUCCAGUGUCAACAAUUCUGACCUCGCCAAACAUCGUUUUGCUCAGUCGCUGAAUCUCUUUAUCAUGCGCAAAUUCUUACUUGCGCUCCACCGGCCCUUCUCUCUCAGCGUGGUGCGAUUGCCCAAAUGCUCGUAUUCGCGCAAAGUUUGUCUAGAGGCCUCAUUGGGGGUACUUUCUCAAAUGGAACUCCCAGCUGCAACGGACUCUGUUCUUUAUCCCAAUAUCACCCAGCUCGGAAGCGGUAUUUUCCGAGACGAGACGUUCCAUGCUGCGGUCACAGUCUGCGUGGAACUGUCUCUUCAAUCCCAGGAAAUGGGCAAUUCAGCCGGUCCGAUAAUGGACGGUACGAAUUCGAGUGUGUUGAUGAGUAUGGUAGAAUCUCAGCAGAGUGUCAUGAUUCAGGCAGUCGAACGUACACUGGAUGACUUUGGCCGUCGCGUUGGGCCUGGUGGCAAUGGAUGCAAGCCUUACUUCUUCUUGACUAUCAUCUUGGCUUCUGUCCAGUCACGAAUCAAGGGCCAGGACCCCAUGGUCAAUGUGGAAGAGUCAUCUAAGAAGAGCGUUCGCGUGUGCCGCGGCGUGUUGAAUGGCCUGGCCUAUUCCGAUGCGUUAAUCAACGCUCAACAGCCAUCUGCAAUGGUACGCCUUGUUGACUUUGGACUGGACUAUCUCACUCUUACUAAUCCUUCUUCGCAGAUUACUCAGACUCAAAUGACAACGGGUGGUCCAACGCCCGUAUCGGCAUCAUCCAUGGAAAUGGAUCCUAACUCUCAGAUACCUACCGAUUUCGCUGACUUCGGGCCAAUGGAUCUAGGAUCUUGGGUGGCGGGACUGGACCCUGCUGACCCAGAAUUAUGGGAUGAGGAUUUUUUUGCGAGUUUACCGGCGAUUUAA